AUGUACCUUAUCCUUAUACCCUUCUUCAAACAGAGUAGGGCAGGGAAAUCUAAAGGGGAUAUGCUAUAUCAGAUAAGAUAUCUGACGGACAUGCUCCUCAUGGAACUGGUAGCAUGUGCCCAAUUCGCUAGACUAGCAGGGACACUAGCUCGACUGGCAGGCUUGGUGGAUCGUUGUGGGAGGCUGGUCAUAGAGAUGGAGGAUCGGAAGGCAUUAACCUCAUCCAAAGCUAAGGCCGAGGCAACUCGGAGGAGGUUCAGUGCUGACGCCGAAGCGGCUGAGGUCAUUUUCGAGGGAGUAGAUAUCGAUACUCCCACGGGGCAUCGUCUAGUUACGGACCUCAACCUCCGUAUCAGCAGAGGGGAUAAUGUCAUUAUAUGUGGCCCGAAUGGUGCUGGGAAAUCUAGUAUUUUCCGAUGCUUGGGUGGUCUAUGGGAUAUUAAGCGAGGUACCAUCACUAGGCCUGGUAGUAGGGGAGGAGUUGGCCUUCAUAGCUAUGUAUUCUACCUACCCCAGAAGCCCUAUUGUGUUGUGGGCACUCUUUCCGAUAACAUAUGUUAUCCUGAUAGCAACAGACCAGAUGAGGGGCAGCUGGUAUCGUUACUACGCCUGGUUGAACUAUCUCAUCUCAAUGACUUUAAUAGUAUGUCCUUGGACUGCAUUAGCGAUAGGCAGGUUCCUGGUAGGUGUUAUCGAUUGGGAUUCCCGGCUAUCUCUAGGGGAGCAGCAGAGAUUAUCAAUGGCACGACUAUUCUGGCACAGGCCUACCUUUGCUAUCUUGGACGAGUGUACUUCGGCGGUGAGUAUUAA